UAUUUUUUUAUUUACCGAGCGCGUGCGAAUUGAAAAUGUUGAAAGUUAAUGGUUAUGAUCUGCUAAUGAUGACAGAUGAAGUUUGCGCGAAAAUAGUACAUAAUUUACUCAUGCAUGGAACUGUUGGGAUUGUUAAGGUACGUCAGAGGUAUAUUGGGUAUAUUUAAGAAGCGUACGUACGCAAGUUAUUUUAGGCGAUUCGCUACCAACUGCUUUCUGUUUAUUUAAGUGAAGUUGCGCCAUACAAUUUACUGUGCAUGGGAACCAGAGAGUCAGUGUGGGACUCGAGGGUAGUUAAUACGGUUAAUUGGAUCGUGCACUGUGAGCCCAUGAACUGGAGCGUGUAUCUGUAAGGUUAGAGCUACUGAUUAUUAAGAUUGGAAGGAACAUGUCCCGACUGCCGUCAGUGAAAUUAGGUGUGGCGUACUUGGGAGCGGUGUUGUCUGUAGCGGUUGUAGUGCAAUUAGUGAAGUUUAUAUCUUAUAUUCCUGCAAGUGCCACGCCCCUACCAGAUGAACCAAGUUCUCAAGAAAGACCAAGCACUGCAUGGGUUGUGCUACAUAAUGUGUCAUUGAUAUGCUGUUUUCUGUUCUUACAUUCUGCUCUUGCUGAUUCAGCGGUAAAGAGCUUCUUUGAAAGAUGGGGGCUUCGAGAUCAACAGCGGAGCAUUUAUGUUAUUGUGACUUGCAUAUCUCUCCAGUUUCUCUUGUAUUCAUGGCAACCUACUCCAUGGUUUGUUCUGUGGAAUUUGAAUAUUAGUAGCAAUCAUUGGUUGUGGUGGAUGUAUACUAUACUUCAUGUGUACAUCUGGAUCUUGGUGUAUGCAGGGAACCUGAUGUUGGAUGUGCCCGAAUUACUUGGUAUUAAGCAGGUCAUCUAUUCAAAUGUUGAACUGCAGAAUCCAGAAAACUACAAGUCUUCUUCACUUCAACGUCUUCGCAAACAUAUGAAUCAUACCAGCUUCCUUGGCUUUUCAAUUCUGUUUUGGGUUUAUCCACUCAUGAGAUUGGACAGAGUUAUAUUUGCCGUUCUCUUGCAGUUAUACAUGGUAAUCAACUGGAAUCCUGACUCGCAGGACUUGAAAUACAUGAAAGAGCAGUUUGAGCACAAGAAAAUUGAAGUGAAAUGACUUGCAAUAUUUGUGAGCAACUAACAUGACAUAAUACUUCUAUAAUAUUGUAUUUUUAAAUACCAAUGAAACAUGUUUAUUUUGAUGUUAUAUGGGAACCAGGUGAUAAUGCUGACAAAUUCUAAUUAUUGUUUGUACAAGUUACUUUACGAGUCAUAUUAGCAUUAUAUUUUCUUAAUGGUAAUGGAUUGUGAUUUCCAUAAUCUUCAUAAUGGAUUAUGAGGUGUGAUUAUUUUCUGGGAGAUGUGCAAUUUAUCUGCUCAGAUUAUUUUUGUAACCUUAGAUCUUUUAUAAUCCAAAAUGUGACAAAAGGCUCAUUUUUAAUGUUGCAAUUAGACUGUUUUUCUUUUCUUCUUUUUUGGAAAUAUUUGGCUUUUCCAUGAGACUGACUUAAAAUGAAAUUUUUGAAUUAUUAUAUUUCAUUUAAAUACUAUGUGAAAAUAUAGUAAUUCAGUUGAACAGAACAGUAUCACAAUGCAAAACUUAAACAAUACUAUAGAUUUACCACAUUGUAAAAACUUUGGGCAAAACACAUUCCGGGAGGCUUAGGAGAUCUUCUGUGUUCUACUGUAUGCCCAUCACCAGACUAAAAAAUAUCCACAAUUAGUAUACUGAGGUAGUACGAUCAUAAAGAUUUAUUCAUUAUCAGAACAAUAUGCUUUGCUUUUGUGCUACAUUACUACGAAUACUUAAAGAUCAAAUAUACUACUUCAGUUUCAUGAUGCCAUGCUUCACCAUCAUACAAUGUAUAUAAAAUAGUAAUUUCGGUGUAUAGAAGUCCGUCCAUAUAAGUUUUUCAUCUGUGUGUUCUGGACACAUCCAAUUUAAUUUUUUUUAUGCUUUGGCACAUUCCCCCUUUCCAGUUUAAAGUAUUCAAUAAUUCAUACUGAAAUAGCAUUUAAGUGUAGUAGUAUGCUAGCAUUAGAAGUGUUGCUCAUUGGUUAGGAGACUGUGAUCUCCACAUAUCAUGACACUUAAUCUUUAAAACAGUGAAGAUAGCAUUAGAUAGAACACUACUAUAAGCAUGGAUCUAAUGUUCUGUUAAUUUUUGUGUGUAAAGAGAGAAUGUGAUAAGAGAUGUAGGUCAGCACAUAGUCUUUCUAAAGCAUUUCCAGAUUUCUGUGGAGAGCUAUUGUCAAUUACAAUAAUUCUGUUUCAGUACAGUCUUUCUAAUGGAUCAUAAAAAAUUUCAUUUUAUUGAUUUAGGUUUUUGAUUUUGAUCAUGCUUAUAUCUUGAGCUGUUAGCGAAUUGUUUUUAAAUCUAUGAAGUAUGUUUGUUCCAAAAAUCUGAUAUUAGCUGUGAAGUGCAAAUUGAAAUGUGCAAUAUUCCCAGAUAUUCGCUGAGUCAUUUUCUUUAAAUUUUGUUGUUUCAUACCUCAUAUUCCAUUAUUGUAAUUCUCAUAUUAAUAUACAUAUAUUUUAUAUUUAUUAACUUGUGUUCAUUAAUACCAUUGAUGUGUUUACUAUUCAGUAUUGGAAACUGUUAACUAGUCAUGUAAAAUUAAGUCUCGAAUAACGGCAGCAAUUUGAGUUAUUUCACCUAGUUUGUUUGUGUUUUUCUCUCUCUUGGAAGUGUCAGCUGCUUUUUGUCUAAAAUACAUGACAAACAAAAAGUAUCAAAUUCAGUUCUAGCUAGUCAUGAAAUACCUAUAUAGGUCCUAAUUGCAGUGCAAAGUAUUUACACAGCACCAGAAACAAGAAGUCUGAUAGAAUUUAUAUUGUAGCUGGGUUCAAUUCUGUGCCUUCCUAUGCCUUAACUGAGACUUUCAAUCUCUUACAAUAGUUAAAGUUGUAAUAUAACGUAACCAAUUGUCUCCCAGUUUUAUUUAUUAGUGAUUUUAUAUAGCAAAAACCAAACUGGAACAUAAUAAACUUACUACAAAGUCAAUUAACCCUUCAAUACAGAUUGUUUCCCAUCUGAUUGCAGGAAUCCGUACCUCCAUAUUAAGGGAUUUUCCUAGGUCAUACAGAAUGUCAUAUGGAAAUAAAAGAUCACCUUAACAGUCAGUGAGCUGACUAUUACUCGUGCAACUUUUUUGAACGAUGGAUUGAAGAAAUGCUGGUAGAGUGGGGGUAUUAGUUACGAAAUUGGCCACUAGAUUUUAUGUAGAACUGCCAAUCUCUGUAGAAUUAGUCAUGCCUUCGCAACGUUCUCAAUAAUUUGCAUUCUAACUUUUUUAGGAGUUCGAGGUAUCUCCUGGGAUAAAUCUUUACCUGCUUCGGUCAUUUCUUUAAAUUUUUUUUAGAAAAUAAGGGAUAGAAGUUCUUGCCUUUAAAAGAAAAUUGUUUCUAUUUCACGCCAGUAAAGAUGUUUGAAAUGUCAUCAGUGCUCUCUGCGAGCUAUUGUCUUCAACUGUUUAUUGUGCCAGAGAGGGUAAAGCAAGAUCAUUGUUGAAGAAAAGUUGCGCGAGUAAUACCUACAAAGCUCCUUUCCCUUCUUUUACAUUGGUAUGAUACCAAGUCCAUCCUACAAUCUACGUUGAAUUAAAACAAAAUUCAUAAAGGGUAGAAAAAAUUAUCAUUAUAAACAUUUGAAAAGUUUUAUUAUUUAUAGAGUUGAAUGUCCAAAAGUAGUUGGUACCAUUGCUAAGACAUAUUUGUACUGCUUUAAGACUUGCUGUUAAUCAUAGACUUUGUAUACUGCUUACAGAAAAUUUCUGUACAAAUUGUACUACCAGAAUUAAUUCAGUUACUGCUGUUCCAUUUCAUGAAAUUCUACUGUUUCAUUAUGUUUUUGUUUAGAUAUUGUCUUCCUAACAGAAUUUAAACGAAAUGAAUCUAUAUAAUAUUUUAUGUAUGAUUCCAUCCAUAACAAAGGGCAUCUUUGCAUGUUGUCUGACUGACAUAAAAAUGCUGGUUGUUUAACCUUGAGUCAUAAAUAUUGUAACAUUCCAUGUUGUAGAAGCAAUUUGAAUAUUCAAGUAAUCAUUAUUGGAAAAUUGAAAUCAUGUUAUAUAUAUUUAUCUAAUUUAUUUCUGCCACAAAGCAAUAUAUCUGUGCCGAACAAAUUGUGAUUAGCAAAUCGCCUUUAAGAUUUUCCAGAAUUUUAAUGACUAUGCCUCUUAGAGGUUAAUUUUAUGCAGUUUUAUGCAGGAUGUUUUUAUUUAUUGGAAUGUAGAGUACAAAUAAUUUAUAUGCCACUGUCAUGUUAUUUCACAGUGCCUUCUUUAUGGAAUAACAAUGUAUUAUUUUUAAUUUUCCUUUAAAUAAAAUUAUGUACAAAA